AUGUACUCACUCAGAUAUAUCUUGGCUGCAGUUUUGAUCGCUGUCGCUGUCACCAAUGCCGUUGACAAUGGACUUGGUCUGACUCCUCAGAUGGGAUGGAACAGUUGGAAUCACUUUGGUUGUGAUAUCAAUGAGACCAUCAUUAUGCAGAUGGCUCAGGCCAUCGCCACAAACGGUAUGGCUGCUGCUGGUUACAACUACGUCAAUGUUGAUGAUUGCUGGGCCUACUCCAGAGACAGCAACGGUGUCAUCCAAUCUGAUCCAACUACUUUCCCAAGCGGAAUGCAAUACCUUGCCAACUAUGUCCACUCUUUGGGCUUGAAGUUUGGUCUUUACACUUGUGCUGGAACUGAGACCUGUGCUGGCCGUCCAGGAAGUGAGGGCUACGAGGCUAUUGAUGCCCAGACCUACGCUUCAUGGGGCGUCGACUACUUGAAGGAGGACUGGUGCAACACUGGCAACAACAACCCAGUUGAUCUGUACACCACCAUGUCCAAGGCCCUCAACGCCACUGGAAGACCCAUCUUCUUCUCGCUCUGCAACUGGGGUGUCGACAACCCUUGGGCUUGGGGCCCAGACGUAGGCAACUCAUGGAGAACCACCGGCGACAUCAACGACAGCUGGGACAGAUUCCUUCAGAUCCUCUAUGCCCAGAUCCCAAUCGCCUCAUACUCAGGUGUUGGCGGCUGGAACGAUCCAGACAUGCUGGAGGUUGGCAACGGAGGCAUGUCCAACCUUGAGUACACCACCCACUUCUCCAUGUGGUCUUUGCUCGCCGCUCCACUCAUUGCUGGCAAUGACUUGAGAAGCGUCGACGCCGCCACCCUGGCCAUCUACACUGCCAAGGAGGUUAUUGCCGUCAACCAGGACAAGUUGGGCACUCAAGGCACUCUCGUCAAGUCGCUCAACCAGGGCGAUCAGCAGAUCUGGGCCCGUCCACUUGCCGAUGGAUCCCGUGCCGUCGUUCUCUUCAACGCCGACGACACUAACACCUUCACCAUCCAGCUCAACUGGGGUGACAUCUGGUUAUCACCAAACCAAGCAAUGACCGUUCGUGACCUGUGGGCUGAGACCGACCUUGGCCAGUUCACCGGAAGCUUCACCUCUGCCACCAUCCCACCACAUGGAUCUGUCAUGCUUAGAGUCUAUUAA